AUGACACCUGAAGACCAUGGUGAUAUUUGGUCUUUAUGUGAUUCUCCUGCUCACCAUCAACUGGUGGGUUAUAAAGAGGGUGUUUCUAUCUCACCAGCACAGCCUAGAACAGGUGAUGAUAUUCAUGUCCAAGUCAAAGGCAAUCUAUUGAAAGAUGUAACGAGUGGUAAAGUGGACAUUGACCUCAGUAUUAUGGGCAUGAUUAAAAUAAAGAAACAACUCGAUCUAUGCAGUGUGCUCAACUCUGAUGUCAUGGGUCACCAAUCAUGUCCUCUUUCAGCAGGCGAUUUACAAUUAGAUGCUACAGCUUGGAUUCCUAAAGAAUUGCCCAAAUUACCUUUGAAUGGCAAUAUUCGUAUAUCAGAUCAAGAUAACAGUACAAUCACUUGUAUUCACCUUGACUUUAAACUACAAUAA